GAAGAAACGCCAGCAAUGGAAGUCUAGGUAAGAUAUAAUCGAGCGCAGUAGACCAAGGAACCAGUAGAUAAAAUAUGAACCAACAAAGCCAAUGAAAAUGAAAAGGAAAAAGAAACAAUAGUAUAUCGACGAAUUAUGGGAAAAAAGAAGGGGAAAAAAGGUGAGGGGGUUUCCCGAGAUCACCACUCAGUAUCCGAGUCAUCGGUGCGAUGUAUACGCGUCUGCCACAACAACAGGGUGUGCGCCAGCUCCCUGAAUUCCUUGACCAACGCCACGAACACGGUGCAUUUCAACAAUGCACUCAUGUUCCUAGCGCAGUGCUCCGUGACAAUGUCGCGGAGACUGGCCUUGCGGCUUGGCCAUGCUUCCCCAUCGGCGUAUUCGUCCUCGGUCUCAUCGUAGACGUAGGCCAACAACAAAACAAUCUCGUACUCCCAAUCAGCUCCAGAGGCAUGACGCCGAAGCGCCGAAGAGAUGUUCCUCGUUGCCACGUCUUUGAGCUCGGCCAUGAGCAUCUCGUCUGCAAACAUGGCCAGCUCCGCGUGCAAGAGGAGCUGAUUGGUGGCGCCUUGAGGAAACGUGUAGGUUCCAGUAUACAGGAGCCCCACGAAUGCCUCGAAGACUUUGGACGAGACGGGAUUGGGAAGCCUCGCGGAAUACGCAGAGGCUUCCUCACCAUCUGCCGACAGCAGGCUGGCGAAGUAGGGACAACGCCCCACGAGAAGCUCCCGAUGGAGAUGGUAGGUGUCGGCCCCAGCCCACCAACCAUUAAUAACGGCAAAAAGCACGAGGUUUCGGCCUUGAACUCUUGGGCUUUGGUGGUCGGCCGCGGCUGCCGUGGCUGCCGCUUCUCUGAGAUCCUGGACGACUACCUAGGAAUCUUGGGGAUUUUCUCUGCACGAGGCAUCUUGACGGUGUGUUCGAAGCGUAAGGUCGGUGGAGAGAGAGGUAGAGUGUGUGCGUGUGUUUGUGGACAGAAAGAUUGUGUGUGUGUCUAUGUUGGUGAGAGAGGAGAAGGUAGGAAGAGAAAGAGAGAAGAUAAAGUAGCGCGGCAAAGGAUCGGCGAAAAUGAAGAUGAAUGAGAAGUUGAGAAGCUGAGGUUUUAUUCAACUUUGAAGAGCCAUCUUAGCUCUCUGCUGCCACAAGCUAUGAUACCUCCACCGUUCGAGGCCACCCAAUCCGGCUAGUGUGGCUAUGAUCCGACCGCGGCCCGUCACACGCCGGUGCUUCCUAUCUUUUCCAGUACGAAACCCUUGCAUAAUACCCGUAGUCAUCGUGGGGAAAAGAGUCGGUGAAAUUUGAAUGGGAGGAUCCAUCUUCCAAGCAGGUGGGGAACUUGGAAGUGCUGUUGUAUUCUUGGCUUAUGCGCAAUGCACAUGGCGCGUUGGUUCAAUAUUCGAAUUGUGCCCCGGUAAUAGUAACAGCCUCCUACAUACAACCUCUUGACGGAGUCGAAAC